CACACUAAACCCUAGAUUUGAAUUUUUUUUAUAGAAAUUCCUGUGAAUUCUUAAAAGAUAUCGAUAUUACAAUUAAAUUGAUUUAACCAAAUUGUCGUCUACUAUCGGAUCAAAGAAGCAAAGCAAAACAUAUGAACUGGACUAACUAAAUCCACGUGAAACUGACUUGAAUCCAAAUCCAACAUGAGCCACUUCAAUAUGGAAAGGAUCGACCAACAAAUGUCACAGUUCACAAAUUUAUAAAAUUAUUAAAUAAUGAUUAUCAUUAUUAUUUCUCUUUAAUUUUUUUAAUUUCGACUUGUUUAUUUAUUUCUUUGUAGUUAGGAGCUUCUUUUUAUCGGUUGUCAGCUGGAAUCAUUACGCGGGCGAGAAUAGGCAUGCGGUGGUCAGCGACUAGCUAGUGUGACGAAGCCGCCUCCUUAUAGAGACUGUAAACAAGAGAGAGUGAGAGACCACACCAAAAAUGGCGACCAAGGACACAAUAGCAGAUGAAGCAAAACUACCUUUAUUGGACUAUUCAUGUCCGACCGUUGGAUCAAAAUACCAAGAAAAUGACGACGACCCUGAUCUCUCACGGAGGAUCUGGAUCGAAUCAAAGAAGCUCUGGCACAUAGUGGGCCCCGCUAUUUUCAGCCGCGUCGCCUCCUACUCCAUGCUCGUCAUCACACAAGCCUUCGCCGGCCAUCUGGGCGACCUCGAACUCGCUGCCAUCUCCAUCGUCAACAAUGUCAUCGUUGGCUUCGACUUCGGCCUCUUGCUGGGAAUGGCAAGUGCUUUGGAGACUUUAUGUGGGCAAGCAUUUGGAGCGAAGAGGUACCACAUGUUGGGUGUGUACAUGCAACGUUCUUGGAUUGUGCUUUUCAUGUGCUGUGUACUACUCUUGCCUUUGUACCUAUUUGCAUCUCCAAUCUUGAAGCUAUUGGGACAGCCAGAGGACAUAGCCGAGCUAUCUGGGGUGGUGGCUUUCUGGCUAGUCCCACUUCACUUCAGCUUUGCCUUCCAGUUUCCAUUGCAGAGGUUCUUCCAGAGCCAGCUCAAGAACGGCGUGAUCGCGUGGGUCAAUCUGGUGGCUCUGCUGGUGCACAUCUUUGUUAGCUGGUUGUUUGUAUACUGUCUCAAGCUCGGAGUGGUGGGAACCGCCAUUACUCUCAAUUUCUCGUGGUGGGUAGUGGUGUUAGGCAUGUUUGGUUACACAGUUUGGGGUGGAUGUCCUCGUACUUGGACCGGUUUCUCCUUCGAAGCCUUUUCUGGUAUCUGGGAUUUCGUCAAAAUCUCCGCUGCUUCUGGAGUCAUGCUUUGUUUGGAGAAUUGGUAUUACAGAAUACUGAUAUUGAUGGUUGGAAAUGUGAGCAAUGCAGAAGUUGCUGUGAAUGCUUUGUCCAUAUGUAUGACAAUUAACGGAUGGGAGAUGAUGAUUCCUCUAUCAUUCUUUGCUGCUACUGGAGUAAGGGUAGCAAAUGAGCUUGGAGCAGGCAACGGAAAAGGAGCCAAGUUUGCCACCAAAGUUUCGGUGAUGACAUCUAUAGGGCUUGGUCUAUUUUUUUGGCUAUUGAUUAUGAUUUUGCACAAUGAACUCGCUUUAAUAUUUUCGAAUAGCAAACCUAUCUUGGAAGCCGUCAAUAACCUCUCAAUUCUCUUAGCCUUCACCAUUCUCCUCAACAGUGUCCAACCAGUUCUCUCGGGGGUAGCUGUGGGAUCGGGGUGGCAAUCAUCUGUGGCCUACAUCAACCUAGGUUGCUAUUAUUUGAUUGGGCUCCCACUCGGAUUUGCAAUGGAAUGGAUUUUUCACCAGGGAGUAAUGGGAAUAUGGGCUGGAAUGAUAUUCGGAGGAACUGUAAUUCAAACUUUAAUAUUAGCCACCAUUACCAUACGUUGCGAUUGGGAGAAAGAGGCAGAAAAAGCAAGUACGCAAGUGAGGAAAUGGGCAGAUAUAAUUGUGAAUUAAAAGGCACACAAUGAUCAUGGGUUACGUGACUUUUGAUUACAAUUUUGCGUAGUCGAUAUAGAUGCCAUAUUUUUUAGAUGCUUAUUGUAAUGUCAAUUGAUGUUACAUGUGCAUCAUUAUUUUAUUAGUGGUCAGAGAUGGCUGCAAAGAUCCUAUUUAUGUGGUUUGUAUUUUGCACAAGGUGAAGUAAAAUUUUGAGAACGAUUACAUUUA